AUGGCAGGCACAGUCCUAAUCACCGGCGCAAACGGUUCGCUUGCUUUACCAUCAGUCAAGUACCUGUUGGAAGCAUACUCAUCCUUCAACCUGGUUCUUACCGUCCGAGACGAUUCAGAGAAAGAUGCAAACACGCUAAAACUUCGUCAACUUGUAGCCCAGCACCCCAACGGACAAGUGUCUAUAAGAAAGCUCGAUCUCUCUUCGCUGGAAAACGUUCGGGUAUUCAGCAGAGCGCUCCUUGUUGAGAUUGAGGGCAAGCAGCUUCCACCCAUCCGGUCGAUUAUCUGCAAUGCGAUGACAUGGAAUUUGUCCGGCGGGCCGAAGUAUUCGAAAGACGGAUACGAAAUGUCGAUUGCGGUCAACCAUCUUGCACAUUUUGCUUUGUGUUGCAGGCUCAUGAGUGCCAUGGACCCAGUUCAUGGCCGUAUCGUCUUUUCGGGCAGCGGCGCACAUCGACCGGAGGAAGCAAAACUCGUCAAGGAAUAUCCAACCCAUAUCCCAAACGAUUUGGAACUAUUGGUUCAUCCAGAACCUGAUAAGGAAGGCGAAGAGUUGGGACGAGGCUUCCAAAGAUAUGCUGUGAGCAAGUUGGUCUCCAUCAUGGUGAUGUACGAGCUCAAUCGUCGCCUGAAAGCAAAGAAAGAUGUAGAGUCCAUCCGCGCAGUUGCGGUGGAUCCUCUGGAUCUGAUUACAUCGCGGGCGUUCCACCAGCCGCACGUUCCGCGAACAAUUCAGAUCAUGGCUACGGUCGUGACUUGGUUGUUGCCGUUGAUUGGCUACUUCCAGCCUCGAUUGGUGACCGUCGAGCAAGCUGCAAUCGCCUUCGUAGAUGUGGCAGUAGCCGACAGAUUUGAUGGGCAGGAGGGGUACUUCGAAGGGAAGAACAGAGUCGAGAGCUCACAGGACAGUUUAGAUGUGGAUAUACAACAAGCCUUGUGGUCCAGGAGCGUCGAAUGGUGUGGGCUGGACAGAGAGGAUGUGCCGAUGGGGUUGUAA